AUGGAAGUGACGGCGCGUCGGCUGAUGUCUUCAAAGAGGAAGACAUUGGGAUUGGGCAUCAUUGUGAUCAUCGUAUAUGCCAUCUACGUCUACGUUUUUUACUUCAGCUCCACCGCAACAUCCAGCCCGGCAGAUACGCCUCCAACAGUAGAGGAGUCCAAAAUUCGAGCCAACGGAAGCAGCAAACGUCUGCGAUUCGAGGAGUUGGCAGGCAUUCCUGACGCCGAGUGGUUGCAUAAUUUUGAUCCCAGCGUCUAUCUGUUUUUUCCCCAAUCGACUCCCGUGAGAGAAACACUCCAGUCACUCAUCGACGGCAAACCAUUUCCACAGGUGCGCCCAAGUUUGCCAACCUCCUAUCUUAACCCCUGCUUUGACAACCAGGCUGGCGGCCAUUCAUGA